ACCCUUUGGCUUAGUUCAAUCAUGGAGCUGUCAAAAGGACAGGCUGUUCCGGCGGCCUUUCGUAAUUUUGCCUUACCAGUGCUUGAGCGAUUCUGCCCUGAGCCCAUCACUCCCUCCGAUGGACAAGUGGUCUGUGAUAAGCCCGAUCACAGCAUCGGCACGGAGUGCUCAUUCGCCUGCAAGGAUGGAUUUGUUUUGGCUCACAACGGAUCAGUCACCUGUGAGAUUACGGAAAAUGGCACAGCAGUUUGGAGUGGCCCAACCUCCAAAUGUGAAACUGUUCCAACUGAGGAGUUCUGCCGAGCUCCCGGCUCCCCCGCUAAUGGACGAGUAACUUGUGAUGACCUCCUGUACCGUGUUGGCACUACGUGCUCAUUUGCCUGUAAUGAAGGCUUUGGAUUGGCCAGUGAUGAACCAAUCAGCUGUGAGAGUACAGACAUUGGUGAUCCAGUGUGGAGUGGACCGAUACCAGUCUGUGAAGCACCAACAGCAGUUGUGAGCUGCCCAACAUUGGAGGCAAGACCCAACAUGACCCUGACUCCGCCUUCAUGCGGAGAGAGGGGGAUGAGCCCCGGGGAGGAGUGUCGGUACCAGUGCAUCGACGGAUUCCGGAUGAGCGGGGGUGCACCUGUGUGGGUGUGCCAGGAGAAUGGGGAGUGGUCUCGUGAUGCAUCGACACCGACGGUGUGUCAAGGCCUUUCACCACCACAGUGGCUGAAUUGUCCAAGUGGUACAGUCGUACCGACUGACCACCGCCGUUCAACUGCCAUGGUCUCUUGGACCACCCCCCAGGCUGUAGACCAGUCAGGCAGUCAGUUGACAGUCGUGUCCACAGUUGAGCCGCCCGUUGUCUUAAGAAUCGGAACAACCUUGGUCAGUUAUUCCGCUGUGGAUGAAAUGGGGCAGCAUGCAGAGUGCUCAUUUAGUGUUGAAAUUAUAGAUGAGGAGCCACCUAUCUUUCUCACGUGCCCCCCGGAUAUGGCAGAGAUCUCCAGCUCCCAGACUCUGCAGGUGUUCUGGGACCCCCCAAGGGUCAAAGACAACUUGGAGGCCGUAUCCAUGGAAACCAACAGUCAGGCAGACAGCAUCAUAGCAAGCCUCGAUGCACGGAAGGAGGUGUGGUACCAGGCCAGUGAUGAGGCAGGAAAUGAUGCGUACUGCAACUUCACGGUGUCUUUGAAACCCUAUGAGUGCCCCUACAUGGAACCCCCUCUCCACGGUGCCCUGCUCUGCGAGAGCUGGCUUGAUGGUGGUGCACUCUGUGCCGUCUCCUGUCAAGAGGGAUAUGACUUCCAAGAGUCCCCUGCUGCCCUCUAUCUGUGUGCUGAGUCUUCAAGGAGUGUGGGAGCCCAUGAAUGGCAGGCCCUCGACAUUGGGACAGCCACCUUGAAUAGAUUGGGGACACCUUGGCCUCAGUGCUACAAAAAAAAAGGAGAAGAUGGAUCACUUUCUAAGAAGUCUAUCCAUUAUUUUGAUGGCCCUUGUGGCACGGUCGAUGCCAGAUCCACGCUGCGGAAGAAGUACCAUCGACUCUUUCGGAAGAUGGACAAGGCAGUGCCGGGAUUCUGCGGCAACGGGUGCACGGAGGAGGGCGUUCUUGUGGCCUGUGGGCCACAUGGAAUGGAUGCGGGGGAAGGAGCGGGAGGAGGGGACAGACUGAGACGAGAGGUCGACAAGGAUGCGUUACUAGGGUUACUGGCCAAGCGUCCCGCUUUCUCGCUUGAGUCCAGUCUGGACGCCGACACGCUCGUUUCAACGCUCCAAGAGGUCCUUCUGAAUGACCUGGAUGGCUCAGUGAGGCAAUUGCUGGCCCCAUUCUUCGAGAAGCACACCAGCGUGGAUGCUGCUACGGUGCCUGGAUUGGUCUGCGAGGAGGGCCAUAUACGGCGGGGCGGUACAUGCUUGGAGUGCCCAGUAGGAACCUACCACUCACCAGUUUUGGAUGAGUGCAUCAGGUGUGAACAUGGAACUUUCCAGAAUGAGACGGGGCAAUUGACGUGCAAGGCUUGCCCUGAGGGUACAAAUACCUCAGACGAUGGGGCAAGGCGAGCAGUCCAUUGUCAUAGUCCAUGCCGUGCAGGAACAUACUCGUUAACAGGUCUUGAGCCCUGCCUGGCCUGUCCUCUGAACACGUUUCAGUCAACAGAGGGCGCCACAUCCUGUCUGCAGUGCUCAGCGGAUGCCAUGACGCAAUAUGAAGGGGCGUUGUCUCAGGAUGACUGCAUGUUUCCUUGUGAUGCUGGAUCAUUCUCCAUGUCCGGCUACCAGCCAUGCAUACCAUGUGCACCAGGCUGGUACCAACCAAUGAGGGGCCAGCAUGCCUGCCUGCCUUGCCCUGAUGGCAUGUCAUCAAUUGAGCUGGGGGCCAGUGAUGUGACCUCAUGCAUCGAGCGAGCAAGUUGCCACCUGAGACCAUGUCAACACAAUGGUACUUGCAUCGUCAGGUCGGAUGUAAAUGCUUACUGCCAGUGCAUCACCGGUUUCACCGGUGCCCUGUGUGACACAAACAUUGAUGACUGCCAAGAGGGACUUUGCAUGCACGGCGGGACGUGCCACGACAAGGUGGCCGGUUACCAGUGUGACUGUCCGCCGGGAUUCGAGGGAACAAAUUGUGAGGUUGACAUAGAUGAAUGCCAAUCAGGUCCGUGCAUUAAUGCUCUCUCAUGUAACGACGGCAUCAAUUCGUAUCUCUGUGAGUGUAUGGAAGGCUACAGUGGAUCUGACUGUGAAGAGGACAUUGAUGAGUGCGCAUCCGUGCCUUGCCAGAACGGGGCUACCUGUGUGGACCGAGUUGCAGGGUUUAGUUGUUCCUGUAGACCAGAAUUUGAAGGUGCUUUUUGUGAGAACCAAAUUGACAGAUGUGCUAACCACCCCUGUGACAAUAAUGGAACGUGCCAUGACCUUGACGGUGGACCGCACUGCACAUGUGCAAAAGGUUUUUCCGGGGAACACUGUCGGGACGACGUGAAUGAAUGUCUAUCCUUGCCGUGCGACAAUAAUGCAACGUGCGUAGAUGGUGUUGGUACCUUCACUUGUCAGUGUGAGGAGGGCUACACGGGCACCAACUGCGAGACGCGUAUUGAUCAUUGCACCCCAGAUCCUUGUGAGAAUGGGGGGACCUGCAUCAGCCACUCACAGGGUUUUCACUGUGACUGUGGCCAAAGAUACAGAGGCCCCCGGUGUGAGACGCUCGCGAUCCCGCGCUGUAGCGUGUCCACCUGCCUGAAUGGCGGGGUGUGCGUCAAUCGACGCGAUGGGCCCUGGUGCCGUUGCCUGCUGGGUUACACUGGUGCGGCCUGCGAGACUGACAUCGAUAAUUGCGCCAAGGUGAACUGUCUCAAUGGCGGGAGUUGCGUGGAUGGCGUUACGUCUUACAGCUGCGACUGUCUGCCAGGUUUUGCUGGUGCCCUGUGCGGUGUGAAUCUUGAUGAAUGUGAAUCAGAUCCUUGCAUGAAUGGAGCCACUUGUGUUGAUGGAGUUAACUUCUUUACUUGCAAUUGUCCUGAAGGUUUCUCUGGCGCAAUGUGUGAAGGAAUCGUGGAUCAUUGUGCUUCCAAACCAUGCCUGAACGGCGCGGUGUGUACAAAUGAAGGAUCCAAUUAUCACUGUCAGUGCCUCGUGGGUUACAGCGGGAGAGACUGCGAGGUUGACAUUGAUGAUUGCCAAGGGGCCUUUUGCGAUAAUGGAGGGACGUGCGUGGAUGAUGUUGGCAGCUACUGGUGCCGAUGCGCUGUUGGUUUUACCGGCGGUGAUUGUGAGAUUAACAUCAACGAUUGCUACGACAACCCUUGUCAAAAUGGUGGGCGUUGCGUGGACGGGAUUAACGAUGUACGGUGCACGUGUGCUGCCGGGUUUACUGGCCAGCGGUGCGAGCUUGACAUUGAUGACUGUGCAGGAGUUCUCUGUGUCAAUAACGGGAGUUGCGUUGACGAGGUGGAUGGUUUCCAGUGUGAAUGCCGGGAUGGUUUUACUGGGAGAUUUUGUGAAACAAACAUUCAAGACUGCCACGAAGGCGUGUGUGACAAUGGCGGAACUUGCUUGGAUGGGAUCAAUGCAUUCCGUUGUGUUUGUGCUGAAGGGUUCACUGGUGACCGAUGCACCUUCAAUAUUGAUGACUGCGCUGGAAGGCCGUGCAUGAACGGUGGCCGAUGUGUUGACGGCGUCAACAGCUACACAUGUUCAUGUGCCCGAGGCUUCACUGGGACCCGCUGCGAGACCAAUAUCGAUAACUGUUUAAGGGAGCCGUGCCGGAAUGGUGGCAGCUGUAUUGACGAUAUUGAUUCUUAUCAUUGCGAUUGCAAACCGGGGUACACUGGCAGGGUGUGCGAGUUUGAUAUCAAUGAAUGUUGGAGCCGGCCCUGCGUGAAUAAAGGGCGAUGUAAAGACGGUGUGAAUGGUUAUCGAUGUUUCUGUCGGCGCGGGUACACGGGCACCAACUGUGAACUGGAUGUUGACGAUUGUGAAAAAAACUUGUGCCGCAAUGGGGCCACUUGCGUGGACGGAACCAAUUCCUAUACCUGCCGGUGCACGGAGGGACACAGCGGCAGGUACUGCCAGCUCAAAGAUUACUGCGCCUUUGAACCGUGCCUCAACAGUGGCAUUUGCGAGACUCUGGAAAAAGGAUAUCACUGCACCUGUCCCAGCAACUUCCGAGGACUUCACUGUGAGACUCUGAUCCCCCCGUGUGAGAACCACAACUGCACCAAUGGAGGGACGUGCGAGGACAAGCCCGAGGGCCCGGCAAGGUGUCUGUGUGCAGACGGCUUCACUGGUGCCCUCUGUGAGACGGCCAUGAAUUUCUGCGCUAGUAGACCUUGCCAGAAUGAAGGAAGCUGCACCAAUGACAUCUCAGAUUAUCUGUGCGACUGUCUGGCUGGCUUCACUGGGCGUGACUGUGAGAUGGAUAUCAACGAGUGCCAGUCAGGUCCGUGUCAGCAUAACGCAACGUGCCACGAUCUUGUGAAUGGCUAUAGGUGUGAGUGCGCUGAUGGCUACAGCGGAACCCACUGUGAUGUGGUUGUGAAUCCGUGCAAGUCAAGCCCGUGCCGACACGGCGGCGUCUGUGAAGAGGACGUCUCAGCUGGUUUCAGAUGUUCUUGUCAGCCAGGCUAUUACGGGGAUACGUGUGAAAUCCAAGAUGUCUGCCAUGCUCACCUCUGCCUGAAUGGUGGAUCAUGUCAAGACCAGUCCAUGAGACCAGUGUGCAUCUGUCGUCCAGGCUACACCAGUGAGCGAUGCGGGGUUAAUAUCGAUGACUGUGUCAGUAUGCCGUGUCAGAAUGGUGGGUCAUGCAGGGAUGGUGUGAACGGUUACAGGUGCGCUUGCCUGGAGGGUUUUAUUGGUGCCGAGUGUCAGAUCAAUGUAGACGACUGCCGCAGUGCCCCCUGUGACAACGGGGCUGCAUGUGUCGACAGAAUGAACGAUUAUUCCUGUCUCUGCCUGGAAGGUUUCACUGGUAAGAAUUGUGAAGUUGAUAUCGAUGAUUGCAGUGGCAGACCGUGUAGAAAUGGCGGUCUUUGUGUGGAUGGGGUCAAUGAUUUCCAGUGCCAGUGUAGAGCGGGUUUUGUCGGGAAGACCUGUGAGACAAAUGUCGAUGACUGCCUCGGUGUACAGUGUAGAAAUGGGGGAAGCUGCAUCGACUAUGUGGAGGAGUUCUUCUGCCAGUGUGUCCCAGGAUUCACCGGGGCUCUGUGCGAGGUUGACAUGGACGAUUGCAGUGGUGUACAGUGCGGAGAUGGGGGUACUUGCCUGGAUGGGGUGGGUGCAUUUGUCUGUCAGUGUGCGGCCGGCUUCACAGGCACCACGUGCGAGAUUAACAUUGAUGACUGCCAGGGGGAGCCCUGUAGGAAUGGGGCUUUGUGUGUGGAUGCUGUGGAUGGUUUCGUUUGCCGUUGUCUUCCUGGUUUUGCUGGUGGCCUGUGCCACGUUGAUAUUGAUGAGUGCGAUAGCAAUCCCUGUCAAAAUGGUGGCCAGUGCCUGGAUGGUGUGGAUGGGUAUUCCUGUACUUGCGAGGAUGGGUUUGAAGGUGUCUUAUGCGAGAGUGACAUCAACGAAUGCGAAUCGCAGCCUUGCCAGAAUGGGGGGACCUGCUUGGACCUCACCAACCACUUUGAGUGCAGGUGUCUCAGCGGAUACACUGGCAGUCUGUGCGAGACAAACGCCGACGAUUGUGCCUCCGCACCGUGCCAGAACGGCGGCAGAUGCAUCGACGGUGUCAACUCUUUCAGCUGCGUUUGCUCGCCUGGAUUUACCGGCCCCUCGUGCGGGAUAAAUAUCGAUGACUGUGAUGCCAGUCCGUGUGUCAAUGGCGGCAGGUGCAUGGAUGGUGUCAAUGCAUUCAACUGUGUCUGCCCGCGUGGAUUUGCCGGUCAUCUCUGCCAAGUGAACAUAGACGAUUGCAUUUCCCAACCCUGCAAAAACAGAGGCAGUUGCGUGGACGGCGUUGACCAAUUCACCUGCACGUGCCCUGCAGGCUUCACCGGUGUACGCUGCCAGACCAACAUUAAUGAGUGCCAGUCCAGCCCGUGCCAAAACAGAGGCAGGUGCUUGGACGGACCGAAUACAUUCUGGUGUCGGUGCCCUCGCGGGUUUGCGGGUCGGCGCUGCGAGGUUCCUCUGGACGACUGUUUCUCUCGGCCCUGCCAGAACGGAGGGAAGUGUGUCGACGGCAAUCGGAACUACUCGUGCACGUGUGUACCAGGGUUCACUGGGAAGAACUGUGAGGUGAAUGUUGAUGAGUGUGCAUCUGCGCCAUGUCUGAACGAAGGCAUCUGCCACGAUGACGUCAACUCCUACAUGUGCGAGUGUCCCGACGGCUUCACGGGUUUGACUUGUGAGAUCAACUUUGACGACUGUGCUUCCAGUCCGUGCCUCAACGGGGCCGAGUGUCAAGACCUACCAAGGGGUUUCAGUUGCUAUUGCCAGGAUGGUUACCGCGGGAACCGCUGUGAGGAAUGGAUAAGCCCCUGUGACUCUCGUCCGUGUCAGAAUGACGGACGGUGCAUCCCGAGUGAUAGGGAAAGCUUCCAUUGUCUCUGUCGCCGUGGUUACCGAGGGGUCCUCUGCGAGGAAGACAUCGACGAUUGUUUGGAGCACAUGGAGGAAUGCAUGAACGGUGCCGUGUGCGAGGACCGGGUGGACGGUUUCGUCUGUCGGUGCGCACCGGGCUACUCAGGCGGAAACUGCCAACUGAGACUCUCCUCCGACUUCGAUCUCAUAUUCGGACCGUCAACCUUGCCGGUCACCAACCUCAUUCACUUGCAGCCUGACCUGCACGAGUUGACCCUGUCACUGUGGAUACGGCCCGAGGACAGGGCCCUGACUGGGCCCCUCCUAUCUUACGUCGUGUACAACGAGCCGAGCCGCCAGUCUACCACAGAACAGGGAACCAUGAAUGUCGCGCUGAGUCUACGAGACUACGGCAACCUGGUUGUUCAAGUGAACAGUCAAGUGGUUGAAACAAAUUUCAUGCCAGAAGGGGAGGCUGAUUGGCAUCAUAUCGCCUUCACCUGGAAGGCCGAGUCAGGGAACUGGCGUUUCUACUUUGACGGCUCACUUAGGAGACAGGGCACUGGACUACAGACCGGUCGCUUCAUACCCGGCGGUGGCUUGCUGACCCUUGGCAGAGAGCAUGAUGGGAUACAUGAGCAGGAAGAAACGUCUGGUAGCUUUGUCGGUCGCUUGAGUCAGGUGAACAUCUGGCAGUUUGCCAUGAGUGAUGCAGAGAUACUGAGUUUGUAUGGCAGUUGCGGGGCUAUAGGAGAUGCAGUGGCAUGGCCACAGGCUCUACAAGACAGGCUCACUGUGUACCGACGUCAGCCAUCACAAAUCUGCAGAAAAAUUGAUGACUGCGCUUCCUCACCGUGCCGGAACGGUGCCACCUGCCGCGACCUGGUCCACAACUAUACCUGCGACUGCGCCGACGGGUUUGAAGGCCAUGCCUGCCAGGCGGCUAGCACCAGCUGCAAGAGAAGCACGUGCUUGAAUGGCGGGCUGUGCCACGACGGGCCAACGGGACCGGUGUGCCAGUGCAUUGAAGGUUUCACUGGGCCAAGAUGUGAAGUGGCCAUGCACCCGUGUGAGCAACUCCAUUGCAGGAACGGCGGGUCAUGUGACGUGGGGGAGGGUAACAUGCCACUUUGCACGUGUCCAGUUGGCUUCAGAGGGCCUGUGUGCAAUCUGGAUGUCAAUGAAUGUCUCGUCCAAAAUGGUGGCUGCGACCAUGCGUGUGUCAACACGCGGGGCAGUUACCGUUGUGAUUGCAGCGCAGGCUUUGUUCUUCAGUCAGAUGGCAAGUCGUGUGCUGAUUUACGGCACUGCAGGCACAACGGUAUCAUACGGCAGGCCAAUGAAGACUGGGAAGAAGGCUGUACACAUUGCCAGUGCGUAAGCGGGAAAGCCACAUGCAUGCCAGUGACAUGCUCUGUUCCAGUGUGUCCAAAGGGACAGACACCCGUAAGGGAGCCCGGUUUCUGUUGCCCGAUCUGCUCAGCAUAUCAGGCAAAACAUAGCACAGUCCAAACAAUAUCAGAUGACAUGGCAUCUUGUACUGUCGACCCUCAGGGAAAUUUUGAGUCCUUUGAUUUUCACUCCUUCCGUUUCUAUGGUAACUGUCGCUACACUAUGGCCCAGGAUUGCUCCACGGGUAGCUUCAGCGUCCAUCUUGAAUUGGAACAUAAAAAUUCUUCUCCCACAACAGAGACAUCUCAGAAAAUCGUUUUCAUCUACCUGAAUGGAGUGAAAGUUGAACUCGUGCCACAAGGUGUGAAAGUUGAUGGUAGACCAGUAACUUUGCCAUUUGCCAUUAGUGAUCAUUUGGGGAUACAGAUUUACAGUAGCCACGGUGACCGCAUCAAGGUUGUUUCAGGCAAGGGGCUGGAAGUCUCGUGGGGCAUGGACGGAGGGGUGGAGGUUUCGGUUCAGCAGUCAUUCAGGAGACAGCUGUGCGGUCUCUGCGGCAACUUCAAUGGUAGAGUGGAGGACGACAGUCUGACAAAGCAUCAGCUACCCAGCCGGAGCAUGCUGGAGUUUAUCCACAGCUGGAAGGUCAAUGGCUAUGAGCACUGCUUCCUCUCGGCUGCCUCUGCACCCGAGGCUCUGUCCCUGCCGCGACAGCUCGUUGGCCGUCUGCCGGCCUGCGCUUCGCUGACCUACCGCACCUGGCGGGAGGUGCGCGCCAAGUGUGACGUCUUGAAGCAGGCGACGUUUGCCAAGUGCCGUGGCGUUGUGGACCCGCGGAGGUUUUACGAGCUGUGCCAGCAGGACGCCUGCGUGUGCGGGGGCAACGAGCCAUGCUACUGUGAGGCUAUCGCGGCCUAUGCCCAAGAGUGCAAGCGGAACGGAAUCAUUGUCAGAGAGUGGAGAAAUAGCACCAUCUGUGGUAUAGACUGCCCGGAGACCAUGAUCUUUGAUGACUGUGGCCCGCCCUGCCUAGAGACCUGCUACAACACGGCCCAGCUGAGGGAGCUGUGCCGGCGGCUGCCCUGCGUGGCUCGCUGCCAGUGCCCAGCAGGCUUUGCCUUCCACGAGGGGCGGUGCAUCCUGAGUUCGGCCUGCCCGAACCUAGUUGGAUCUACUCGUGGUUAAUGUUGUGCUCUAAUGUUGUGAUAGAAACGAAAACAAGGUUUUUGCCACCUGGAUUUGUGAUGGACAUUUUUGAGGCUUCUUGCCCAACUUAUGGAUGUUUACCAAGCAAAAGUGAACUUUUUUCCGUUUCAAAAACUUGCCUACUAAAAUUGGAAUAACUGUUGGAACAGUUCAACAACCAAAUAUAGUUAAGAACUAUACUUGGUCGUUGGCACUGUGCUGGCGUACAUGUUCUUAAACUUGACAGAAGCUUUCAUUUUGGCAAGUCACAAUACCCUAUUAAUGAGAAAUUUAAAUGGUACGUACCACCUGUGCGCAUGAAGCAAAUUCUGGUCGUAGAAUUAGGGAUAUACAGCACACUCUCGUGGGUAUGGACAGCAAGGCACAAUGCCAUCAUGACUGACAGUCUCCAGACACAAACAUCCACCGUGUCGCCAUUUGAGCAAAACGCGACCACUGGCAGCAAAACUCUCAUCUCUCCUGAGAACCCAUAAAUCCCUGGGGAGUAGCAGCAAUUGAAGGAGUGUCCAGCUUUGGACGAAUGGAGAAAAACUUCACCAGCCGGCCUCAAAUGCAUACGCUGUAAACUAACCGGAGAGAUCUCGACAAGUUGUGCCUAUCAACUGUGCCGAGGCACCGUGUACAUCUGUCUGUAACUGUGAUAGUGGUUUUAGGAAGAAGAAAGUAGUGUAUAUUUGUUACACCAGAGACCUUCAGCUAGUACUGGUACAGAAGUCAAUUUCUGUUCAACCCGUGUCGGGAAAGUAGUUUUUAGUCCUAAACAACGCUUUUAAAGUACGUUUGAUAUUUAUGUGUAAUUUUGUGUAAAGCAUUUGUAGCUUAGCAAGGACUAGUUCCAUUAAUACCAUUAUUGAAGAUGUGCUGCAGCGGGCAUUUAUUUGUCUGUAGCAGAUGCCCACUUCUUCCCAUCUCUGAUGGUUCAUGACAAUUGUUUAUUCUUUAUAGCUUCAUUCUGAAAAGUUACAUUAUUCACUUUUAGAAUAAAGACCUGCUGGUGGGGAGGCAAUGUUCACCUGUGAAUUUGUCCAGAGAAAACAAAGGGAACAAUUCUCAACCCAAUGUACUUCUGUAGUAAGAGCUCUUAGAUGGAAUGCGUGUCAUUUUUAUUUAUACAAAUAUAUUUACUUUGUUCUGUAUUUAUGUUUGGGAUAUAUACGCAUACAGGUAAUGUAGAGUUUAAAGUUCAGUUGUUUGUUACAAGUAUUUUUAAAUGCCAUUUUAUGCACAGCAUCAUGCUAGAAAUUAUGGCAAAACAUAAUCUGGGAAAUGGGAGGGACAAUAACUCUCUGUCAAAGCUGGAAAAGUCAUUUCUAAGUGGUCACGAUUGUUGGCCAGACUGCUGCGUUUGAAAAACAAGUUGUUACAAGGAUAUGGGGGAGGGGGAUUUUGUUAGAAAUGCAACAUUGGAGAGCUUCAUUCAGUUGGUGAAAGAUGAGUCUUCAGUCACCUUGAUAGCCCAAUAAUAAUGAUUGAUUGUCUAUCACUCUCAAAUACUUGGUAAUAUCUAUUUGCUUUUAAAAUUUUAUUUUGUUGUAUUUAAACCAAAAUCACAAGGCCAAUACAUUUUUUUACACAAAUUUGGUAAGAAAUACUUCUGUUUGAUUUUGUUUCAUCUAUGAUUAAUUUUAAAGAACCAUUUGUAAUCAGUCAAAACCCAGAAUCACUGUGGUUUUGACAAAAAAAAUUUGAGUAAAGGUAGGAAUAGUAAUAACAAUAUUUGAGGUCUCGAUAACACCGAGAUUCAUUUUACUUUCAGCAACAUGCUGCAAUUUUUGGAGACACUUCACAGGAUGGUGGCGAAAGAUAUUAAAGUAAAAUUGGCAUUUACUUU